AUGGAAACUUAUCCUCCAGAGUUCGUCAUUCAUCUUCAGCCGACCUUGGUCGUCACUGGCUUGACCACAACUGAGGACGCGUCUCAUCAGAAUAGAACAGGCAGUCAAUCACAUGUUAGCGUUGAUACUCCACCACCACCACCACCCAGACAUGUAACUGCCUCAGGAUUAGAAGCACAAAAGGCUGCGCUACUACAGGCAAUGUUGUCAAGGAACAAUGUAACAUAUUGGGAUAAUACAAAAGGGCUUGCAGGAUCUUUAUUUUAUGUCGUACCAGAGCACCGAAGCUACAUCUUACCUCCAACACGGAAAUCCUUGCAGCAAACAGGCCAGCAACAUCUCCAACCUUCCUUAUCCCCUUCCUCCCCUUCUUCGCCACUAUACCCGGACGGACUUAUCAGUCCCCUUUGGAUCAGACGGCAUCGUGAUCAGAUACCCUCCGUUUUCGUCGCAGUCGUGGACCUUUGGGAUCGCGAGUCAAUUGUUGAUUUUAGUGAAGGCAACCACCAGCGUGUAUUCUCAGAUAAAGGGCCCUUGGGCGUAGUUGACCCUUUAGAACGUGAGCAUGACACAGUACUGGCACAGGAACUACUAGAGCGUCGAAAAGCUGCUCAGGAACGUCUGGUGAAGUUCGCGGUCGUCAUUUUAUUGCAGCGAUCACACAUGGAGGACCCUUCCAUCGAGGAUCGCCUGAACUUUGUGCGCAAAUCUGCAGGGCUUGAUAUUAAGAAUUCAUUCUACGUGCUUCAGCCAAGUAGUAGCCAAGAAAUUUCGGACUUUGCAGUCAAUCUUCAGAGGUCACAAUAUGAAGGCUCUAUGAGCUAUUACAAGGAGCAAGUCAAGAGACACAAAAAGAAAAAAUCAAACCUGCCAUCAACAACUGCGAGUGUAAAGCCGCCUCAGCAAAUUGCUGGGGGCUCCCAGCAGCAGCCGCCGCAUCAAGGCCUUUCAGUUCAGGGAUGGAUGUUGCGUUAUGAUUUUAAGAUGGGAAUGUUCUCGGAAUGCAAACAAGAUAUCGAUAAUGCUGUCAAACACUACGAGUCAGCUUAUGGGCUAUUGAUUGACAUGUUUGCAGUCACCUCCACUAUAACCCCGGGAGCGCCAGGCUUGCAGGCCCGUACAAAGCGAUGGGCGGAAGCCAAGGUCCUGGCUGACUGUUUGUGCCUCAAGAUCUGUAAAUUUCAUCUUUAUCUCGAUGCUCCCUCAACAGCGCUCUUCACUUUUCGACGCCAUCUGAUUGUGUUCAAGGCUUUUUCCGAAAGUUGGCGUAUGGGAGAUGAUUCCUUCGAGUAUUGGGCAUGGCUUGGAAAACAAUACAAAGUAUUCGGCGACCUGAUCGAUAUAGGAACCAAGUUAGGCUUUAAGCUGCCGGUUCCUUCACCCAGCAGUAUCGUUUAUGGCUCAUUUGCUGGAAUGGCAGAAGGCGCGAAAGACCUCAACAAGUUUUCUGGGAUCAAUCUUGGCAGCAGCACAGUCGGGUUUGGUAUAGGACCUAGCGGCGAUGCGUUUGUGUACAAUGGUAAUGUGGGGGCCGGCCGUGGCGGAGGGACGCAUGGCCCUGGCGCAGGAAUCAAUCCUAUGCUGAUUCUCCAACACGCUGGAUAUUUUUACCAUCAAGCUGCCAAUUGUAGUGCUUAUCCGGACAGUAAUGUGGCUCCGAUUCCAACGACCAGUAAGCCGUUUCCACCAACACUUCAGUCUAUGAAUGCUGAGCGAGCCAUCGACCAUUUGGCAUUAACUAUUGAGCUGUUGACUAAGAGCUACGAACAAUUUAAGAGAUACAAAGCUGGCCGCAUGACGUUGUUUUUAGCCUCAGAGAUCGCUGGCACUUAUUAUUCGGCAGGAAGGUUUGAAAUGGCCUUGAAAUUCUUCGAAAGAAUUGGAAAGACAUACCGCAAGGAAGGCUGGAACUUAAUUUUGACUUCAAUCUUGAAGUGGUCUGUUCAGUGUGCCAAGGAAUUAGGGUACUGGGAGAAUGUAGUCGAGUAUUUGAUCGAGAUGAUGAGUCCAGAUAUGCCAUCAACGGAUGAAAAGCGAAAUACUAUCUUUGAAGAAUUAGUUAGCAUUAUCUAUACAGGAGACCAUCCCGCUAAUGCUAUGGUGCACAGGCCUUUAGUACUCAAUAUGCAUCAUUACAAUCCGUUUGUUACUUGUGAGGUCCAGUUCCAAAGACAACAAGCGUUUGUUUCUUCAGAGAGUAGAUUCCAAGUACAAAUUUCAACACAAGGUGGAGAAGGCGCAUUGCCCAGCCCGUUCAGAAUAUCUUUUGUUCACGUGGAAUUUUCUGAUGAGGCCCUCAACCAUCACUUUGUGGAUACUCGGUCUCAUACAUCUGCCACAGCGCCUGAGAACGCUAGCAGAAUAUUGCAGACGAAGGAUCGGACCGGGAAGAGUAUUGAAUGGGUUGACUGCGCUCAGUGUACAUGGGAACACAUCGAUAGUAUCAAUAGUGGCAGUGGAAGUGCAUCAGCUAUGGGCGCGUGGAAGAAAGUUGUGGACCUAGACAUUCGCCCAUCUGAGACCAAAGUCUUCGAAGGUGCCAUCGCUCCUACCAAGGAGCAGGUGGUAGUUAAAGUGACAUUGGGCAUUAUCACUAAGCAUUGGAACGUGUCUCUUGAGUAUCCAUCUCUGGAAAUGGCGCUAGAGCAGGACCCAAGCCUCUCACAAUCCCAGCCUAUGCCUCCGCGAAGAGAAUUACCUAGCCGUCAAUGGCUUGACGUUCAAAUGCCUACGGCUGAUAUUCCCCUUGGGAUGCGCUUUAAGAACCUAGAUAAGGGAAUACGACGUGCAGCAGCACUUCGCAUUGUACCAAGAGAAUCAAAAGUUGAGAUCAAGGCCUUGUUCAAGUCACCGGCGUAUUUAGAUGAGUACUUCCCUAUUAAGAUCAAAGUACGGAACGGAGAAGCAUAUGCUGUAGCAAUGGAAAUGGACGUAGAGCUUCGGCCUAUCGAUCCUACAAUUGAGUCUUUAGAUAGUAUUGUUCUGGAUCCUUAUGUCGCGGCCGCUCAGCCAUUUUCUGCUGACAGGACUCAAGCUUCGUCAACAUUAAACCGAAUUUCCCUUACGCCCUCGGAUAUGUCGCAUGAAAUGAAAAGUCAAGAAAUGAGAGAAAUAGAUGUAGGAGCUUGGGCGGAACGCACUGUCUUCGUAAGAGCCUUGGAAAUCCCGACACCUAGAACCAUCCUCUGCAAAGUUCGGUAUGAGCUUUCACUGGAUAAGGAAAAUAACAAGACAUGGACAGAAAAGCGGUACUCUUUUAGGGUUCUCUUUAUUCCGCCCUUUGAUGCCGAAGCCAGCUAUACCCAACUACCCGUUCAGACGCUAGGAAACAAUAGUUCCAAUUCCCAAGGCAGGCAUAAAAACCUACCGCCCAUCUUGGAGCCUAAUCGAAUGGAUGAGAAACAUGAGACGAUCCUGAUCCCAGCCUUGACUCAUAAAGAGACAUAUCUUAUGUCGACACGCAUCAAUAAUGAAGGUUCAUGGCCAGUAGAGGUCAAAGAAGUCACGCUCGUGACGAAUUCGACAGUGGAAAGUGCAUUGGAUGGGGCUGUUAAAGAGUCUGUUACGAACGGACUCUCUAGAAGCCUUAGUAUCGGUCGUGCUAGAGAGCGAAAAAAGAGUUUACAGGAAGUGGGCGUAUAUGUGGAUCUAUUAGAAUGCGGGCCUUCUAGUAUUGAACAACUGACCUCUAAUGAUAAGGACAAGAAUGGCUCUGUCCAACGCUGGAGACCAGGCAAUAUACAGACGCUCAAUCAUCUGAUCCAGAUUACGGCUGCUGAUUUAGAACUAGCGCCUGAGCAGAUCAAUGUUGGUUUCUUACAGAUCUCUUGGCGAAGAUGGGAAGACGAGGUCAUUAAGAAUGUGCCAUACACAACCACUAAUGUUCCUUUGCAACCACUGACUCUACCAAAGGCAGAAGUUUACAUGACCGUGGAUUUGCCUAAGCAUGCUCGGGUCAAUAAGCCAUUCACAGUCCGAUAUGUGGUCCAUAAUCCUACGAAUAGGCUACAUGAGCUCUCUAUGUCAAUCGAGUCUUCAGAAGGCAUGGUCUAUGCCGGCACCAUGCAAACUGCUAUCAAACUGCUUCCUUAUGCAACGCAUCCAAUCCAGAUGAGCUGCUACCCGCUCAGUGCAGGAUUGACCAAACUUCCGCGUGUCAAACUGGUGGUUAACAAGCGGAAACUGUCUGGUAGACGAGGCAGGCCUGCGCCACUCACGCCGCAGCAGGAGCAGUCCUCACAAGAAGAGAUGUUAGUCAAGAUCAGGGACGCAACGAGGACUAGCGAAACUGUUGGUGCUAGUGCUGUUUCAAUUUUUGUGAAGCCCGAAAUGGGACUGAUGAAAUAA